UCCCACCGAUUCUUGCACACACACUAGCUACUUCUACUUCUAUCAUACCAAACAAACUAGCUUAAUUUGCAUUGCAUCACAUUGCCGGCCGCCAUGAGAGCUCUCGCUCUCGCGGUGGUGGCCAUGGCGGUGGUGGCCGUGCGCGGCGAGCAGUGCGGCAGCCAGGCCGGCGGCGCGCUCUGCCCCAACUGCCUCUGCUGCAGCCAGUACGGCUGGUGCGGCUCCACCUCCGAUUACUGCGGCGCCGGCUGCCAGAGCCAGUGCUCCGGCGGCUGCGGCGGCGGCCCGACCCCGCCCUCCAGCGGUGGCGGCAGCGGCGUCGCCUCCAUCAUAUCGCCCUCGCUCUUCGACCAGAUGCUGCUCCACCGCAACGACCAGGCGUGCGCCGCUAAGGGCUUCUACACCUACGACGCCUUCGUCGCCGCCGCCAACGCCUACCCGGACUUCGCCACCACCGGCGACGCCGACACCUGCAAGCGCGAGGUCGCCGCCUUCCUGGCGCAGACGUCCCACGAGACCACCGGCGGCUGGCCCACGGCGCCCGACGGCCCCUACUCCUGGGGCUACUGCUUCAAGGAGGAGAACAACGGCAACGCCCCCACAUACUGCGAGCCCAAGCCGGAGUGGCCGUGCGCCGCCGGCAAGAAGUACUACGGCCGGGGACCCAUCCAGAUCACCUACAACUACAACUACGGCCCGGCGGGGCAGGCCAUCGGCUCCGACCUGCUCAACAACCCGGACCUGGUGGCGUCGGACGCCACCGUCUCCUUCAAGACGGCGUUCUGGUUCUGGAUGACGCCGCAGUCGCCCAAGCCGUCGUGCCACGCGGUGAUCACCGGCCAGUGGACGCCGUCCGCCGACGACCAGGCGGCGGGGCGCGUUCCGGGCUACGGCGAGAUCACCAACAUCAUCAACGGCGGUGUGGAGUGCGGGCACGGCGCGGACGACAAGGUGGCCGACCGGAUCGGGUUCUACAAGCGCUACUGCGACAUGCUGGGCGUCAGCUAUGGCGAUAACCUGGAUUGCUACAACCAGAGGCCCUACCCGCCUUCCUAGUUGAUAUUUGAUCCGAGCAGACGAAUAAAAUACAAUGCACACGAGAUUGUGAGACUCGUGAAAAACAUAUACUACCUCUGAAUUUUAAUACAUAUCUCUAAAACAAAGAUUUGAUCAUUCUUCUUAUUUAAAGGUGACUUAUACCCUUUUUUUUCA